UGGGGGAAGGGCAGGGGACAGAGAACUGGGGGUGAAAGGAGCAAAGGCCAUAAGGCGACUGCAAGGGCGGGGGACGGAGCCGUCUUUGUGGUGCGAAUCCCCCUGGAGCUCGAUCUCGAGCCAGCUGCAGCCCGAGGGUGAGGAUUAAGGUACAGAGAGAUUAAGUGAUCUGCAUUCCAAUUUAGUGGCCUACCACCUCGGCCUACUUUCCUAAUGGCACAGAAACUGAAACACUGACACCCGAGCAGAUAACAGAGUACAAAGGCGUCUUCGAGAUGUUUGAUGAGGAGGGCAAUGGGCUAGUGAAAACGGAAGAUUUGGAGAAGCUUAUGAGCUUGAUGGGGAUCAACCCAACCAAGAGAGAGCUGGUGACAAUGGCAAAGGAGGUGGACAAAGACAAUAAGGGCACCUUGAACUGCGAUAGUUUUCUGGUUUUGAUGGGCAUUUAUCACGAAAAGUCUAAAAACCAAGAUGAAGAGCUGAGAGCAGCAUUCAAAGUCUUUGAUAAGGAACACAAAGGCUACAUUGACUGGAAUACACUCAAGUAUGUCCUGAUGAAUGCUGGAGAGCCACUAAAUGAGCAGGAGGCUGAACUGAUGAUGAAAGAAGCUGAUAAGGAUGGGGAUGGAACCAUUGAUUAUGAAGAGUUUGUGGCCAUGAUGACUGGAGAAUCCUUUAAGCUUGUUCAGUAAAGCCCUGUACAAGAGCCACAUCCUUCAUUACAAAGAUCCUUCCCAGGCACCCUCGCCUGCAAGGGCUGCAAUUCCUCUCAAGAUGCUGUAAUCUGGAGAUGUCGCUGAACACCACUCAUACAUUACCAUGUCUGAAUAACUUGCCGGGCAUUCGCAGCAGGAGGAAACUCUAGAUGAGAGCAGAUCUGAGAGACUCCUCUCACAGCAGGUGUGGAAGCUUUGGCAGCACAGAUUUGUUUGUUCAAGCAACUUGUUUUGGGAAAUCAUGCAAGAGCCAUAAUUUAUGUUUAUUAAUAAACUUUGUAAAAAACGGUUUUUCCAAUAUGACUUUAAAGGGUCCUGUGAAAGGAACAGAGCAUAGUUGCGAAAGGAAUGCAUGUUCUUUGCCAGGGCUCUCACUUCUUCGGUACAAAUCAUUCCUGGAACUGAGAAUUGCUCCCAGGUCUACUCCUACUUUUAUCCACUUCAAAAAGAGUUCACACCUUAAUUAGAAAUGCCUAAACUUCACUUUUACACAGUGGACUAAAUAAAGCUGCACCAAGGAAUGCCUCAGAA